ACAAGCCAAUCUUAUAACAGUCAAAGAAUGAAAAGCAUUUUAUUCUUUUACAUUCCAAAUCAGUGCUAUCUCCCAAACUGCUCUGUUGGCAGCUGCAGGGAAUUUAAAUUAAAAGAUUCAUUUCCACAAAACUACCCUCAAUCGUUUUCAAGGAAAAGGUCUCACUUUUAUCGAGAUGACUGAUAUCUCAUUUUGGAACAAAUCUUAUUAAUGUUAUCUCCUCGUGGUCGUUUGUUUUCGGGCUCGAGUGAAGCUGAGAAUGUCUCGAUUUUUUCGGUCUCCAAAAUGUCAACAACCCGGGCGAAGAAAAUAUGUACUUUGUGCUCUGUCCACUCUGGCAAGCAGACCUAUAAAACUCCUCGUCCUUUGAAGGUCCUGUCCCUCCCAUUGUACUUCUUUCACUCUCUUUAAAGUUCCACAGCAAACAGGGCGCUGUUUGCGAGGAACGUCUUUAAGAGGAAGAAAACAGCAUGAAUUCCUUUAGUGUCGUCCUUGUUGGCUUUUCCAUCUGAUUACACACGAGCUCUUCAAAGACUACACGGGUUUAACAAUCUUAUAAACCGUGUAGAAAUAUGUGACAUCCAUUCGAACAUUGAUCAAAAACUUUGAGGGAUCGUCUCAAAGGCAUCUUCUGCUUCGUUAAUCAAAAAGUAGUACUGAAUAAACUGAUGUUUACGGAUGCUGCUCUUCCUGCUGAGCGCUCAAAAGUUUAGCCAGAUGUUUUGAGGUGAUGAUAUUUCCUAUAUGCUACCACAUGAGGGCGUAUUGUUGGUGAUGCACCAGCAGAACAUGUGAACUGGAAGAUCAACAAGUCCUAUCAACUGACUCUGAAACACUUCAACAAGCAUCUGUCCUGCUAAAUUUUCCUACAGGGAUUAAUAACGCAUAACAUCAGGCGAUGUUUCAUGCAUAAAGAUUUAUCCCCUGACACAUCUAAGUCUUCUCAUCUUGAAUUGCACUAAUGGUUAUUAUCAUCAUUGAUUUACCUGGAGAUUAUUUUCUUGAUUCAUCAAUUCAUUGUUGUUUUUAUAUAAAGUUCAAAAACGUCCCUACUUCAACAGCCCAAAACACAAAUAUAUGAGAACAUAUGAGAACAAAUUAUCACAUCUGAGAAGCUGGAGACGAUAAAUUGACAUUUUUGCUUGAAUAAAUGAUGAAUGAUUAAUCUGUCGAUCUAAUGAAUGAAAUCAUCGACCAAUCAUUUCAGCUCUAGUCUAGUCGGCCUAUAGUCAAACAAAUCUACCCACUCUUUAAUAUAUUCUCAAGAAAAAAACAAGUUUUGUGUUACUUUAACACUAAAAACUAUUAAAAUAAAAACCUAUAAUUUAUAGGAGCUAUGUAUGACACAGUGUGUCACUGAUGUUCUCUUAUUCAGACAAGGAUGACGAUGUGAAUUCAUUAUGGUAUGAAGAAAGGUUUAAAGCAUUUUUUUAUUGGUGAUAUAAAUGUAAUUCGAGUUGAGUUUUGGGUGGGAUAGUGGCAUAAUUUGACCCACGAGGUCACAAGCUGGAUUCCCAAUAGGCGGUGCUGCUACUUUUAGUCAGGAGCAGCCAAAACCAAAAAGCGUGCAUGCAAAUAGAACUUUACCUCUUGUGAUCAACCUGACAACUUAUGGCUGCAGCAACAACAUUGACUGGCUGAUAUAGAGGGAGUUGGAUGGGGGGGGAGUAGGAGGUGUGUCGGGGGGUGGGGAUACGGUGGGAUGCGGGGUGCAGACUCGUCCCGGGGGUUGGUGCACCGGGAGAGGCCACUGUCUCCCACCCUUCCAAUGCCACAACAGUCUCACUUUUGGAGACCCAAUCUCUCUCUUUCUCUCUAUCACCUCCCCCCUCCCCCUCUCUCUCUCUCUCUCUUUCCCACCCAGUCCUCUAUCAGUCCAGGUGGCAGAGCGCACUUCGGCCGUGGGAUGCAGCCUCUCAUCUCGGACACAUGGACAGCGGAGCUUGGAGCUGCCGCAGCGCGCCACGGCUCCACUAGCUGAAGACAGCACGUCUCAAGCGCGGAAAGAAGGAGACGACACCACUGCGUUUUUUUUUAAUCUCUUGGGACUUCAGAUAAAAAAGGAUAUACUUGUUCUCCCUCCUUUUUUUUUGUCUCCUUCUUCUUAUCUGUUCAAACCGCAAGAGAGCAAAACCAGUUGUGUUCAAUGCGCAACCAUGCUCAUCAUCUCGUCCCGCAGUGCGCUGCUGUCCGUCUACUACCCGCAGAUCUUCCUCAUCCUCACCAGCGGUAGCUACCUGGCGCUGUCCUCUGUGGUAGCUUUAGGUGCUAACAUCAUCUGCAACAAGAUCCCGGGACUGGCCCCCCGUCAGAGAGCCCUCUGCCAGAGUCGCCCUGACGCCAUCAUCGUCAUUGGCGAAGGCGCCCAGCUGGGCAUCAAUGAGUGUCAGUACCAGUUCCGCUAUGGCCGGUGGAACUGCUCUGCCCUGGGCGAGAGGACUGUCUUUGGACAAGAGCUGAGAGUAGGCAGCAGGGAGGCAGCGUUCACGUAUGCCAUCACUGCAGCUGGAGUUGCCCACGCGGUGACCACAGCUUGUAGCCAAGGCAACCUCAGCCAGUGCGGCUGUGACCGAGAGAAGCAGGGCUACCACGACUACCAAGAGGAGGGCUGGAAGUGGGGAGGCUGCUCGGCUGAUGUUAAAUACGGCGUGGAGUUCUCACGGCGCUUUGUAGACGCCCGAGAGAUCAAGAAAAACGCCCGCCGGCUGAUGAACCUGCACAACAAUGAGGCAGGGCGAAAGAUCCUAGAAGAGAGGAUGAAGCUGGAGUGUAAGUGUCACGGCGUGUCUGGUUCCUGCACCACUAAGACCUGCUGGAUCACCCUGCCCAAGUUCAGAGAGAUUGGUUACCUGCUGAAAGAACGCUACAGUGACGCGGUUCAAGUCGAGCCGGUGCGGGCCUCGCGGCUCCGCCAGCCCUCCUUCCUGCGGCUCAAAGAGGCUCGGGGCUACCAGAAGCCCACGGACACAGACCUUGUGUACCUGGAGCGUUCGCCCAACUACUGCGAAGAGGACACAGCCACGGGAAGCACAGGAACACGGGGCAGACUGUGCAACGGCACCUCCACCCACACAGACAGUUGUAACGUGAUGUGCUGCGGCCGGGGCUACAACACGCACCACUACACACGCAUCUGGCAGUGCAACUGCAAGUUCCACUGGUGCUGUUUUGUCAAGUGCAACACCUGCAGUGAGAAAUCAGAAGUUUUCACCUGCAAGUAAGGAAUGAGGAAGUCCGGGGCAGGGGAGAGGCUGAAGUUAUGACAAAGUGGAAUUUGAAGUGAAGGACUUGGAAGUAUUUAUUCAACAAUUUGCACAUUUUUACAUCCUAUUUUGGAAAAAAAUAGACACGAGGGUUCGAGAGUGUUGGACAAAAAGAGACAUGAGUGAUUAAAAAAAAGAAACAAACUGGUACAAAGCUGACGACGACGCAAACACGUUGCAGGUUAAAGGAUUUGAGGUUCUCUUUUUUUUUUUUUUUUUUUUUUUUUGCUUCCAGCAAAGCAAUAUUUGUUGCGUACAGAUGUCACUCACAAGAGGAAAAAAAACAAACAAACAAGGACUAUUGUGUUGUUGGCUCUUGAGAAGACUUUUGUAACACACUAACUGGAAAUGCUACGCUUCAGACAGCCAUGAAAAAAAAGACAGCCUCCUGAUGAAGAUCGGAAGAUGGCAGUGGAUACACUUUUAAACUGUACGCUCACACUGUAUUCUGUUUGAACACUGAAAUAAAACAAAAUUAUUUAUGUAAAAAAAUAUCUUUCAAACCUAAAGUCUUAUCAGACGGAUUUAACAUUUUUCCUCUUUUAUGAUCUUCAAUUGCUACUGAUAGAUUUCAAGCUGGAAGUAACACAUUUUUUUUGGUCACAUGGAGUCACAUUUACAGCUACUAAACAGAAAAAUCUUCUGCUACUUCAUUUUUUUAAAAUCCAUUAUCAGUUGUCAGUGGCGUAUUUUGCUAUAGAUUAGUUAUUUUUAUUUUGCACUCACAUAGUCAAAUUCUUUCUCUUUUUCAUGGGACAUCAGUAACUUUGAGGAGUUGGGCUAUUGAGUGCUGUGCUGACAUCUCUCUCAUGGAUAUUUCUCCCCCCACACACAACCGAGCCCAGACCCUUUGUUACGCCAAGAGCCAGAAAAUAUUCCCAAACUAUUUUAAGCAUCCAUCUUGUCAGUUUGAACGGCACUUUCCAUCCUGACCGUGUUCAUUGUUUUGUUUUCGGGAGGGCUCUUGACUUCUGAGAAAAGCAUGUAAGCCUCAUUGGAAAUCCAUAGAGGUGCAAUCAGGUUCAGAUACAUCCAACAUUCCCAUGAACGGCAGAGACGUGGAAUUCCACAUGAUGGCCUCUGCUUACACAAGGCCUUCCAGCGCGGUUUAGGCCUGCCUGGGUGGAUGGCAUGUGCCCUAACCACACAGAAGGGGGUAUGAGAGGAUCAAAGGCCUCAAAGCUAUUUUUGGACAGCAACCUUAAUGUAUUCAGAAAUGUUUAUUUAGGCUUUAUAUAACUUACAAAACAAUUUGAAGAGUAUAUUUUUAUAUGAGGAACGUGGCACUUUAUGUCAUUUAUAGAUGGAAAAGAAAGUCACUAUUUACAAAUGUUUUCUAAUGUCAUUGUUUUCAGAUUUUGAGAGCAAUAAAUUAUUUGGAAUUUAUGUCUUUGGAUCAAAGUUCCUAAAUUGUAAAUACUCCACGUGUUUUUUUUGUUUUUCUUUCAAACCAAAGUAGCCCAGAUUGUCCAUCUCAAUACGAUCCUUCACAAUUCAACGUAGCUCGUAAAAGGCUGAGUGAUUCAUCAAGUGUUGGAAAUGUCACAGAGUUUUUUUUCUGUUUGAGUAAAUGCGUGGAUAAUUCAGUGGAAACUUCGAUAUCUGUGUUUUUAAGUCGUCUUCAUAACCCUUUUGAUUACUAGGAACAACACAUUGCAUCCUAAAAGCAUCGCUGUGACUUCACAUACAAGCUAAUUUAAGUUUUUUUUUGUUCUGUGGCAAAAAUCAAAGUCUGCAUCACUUACAAACAUGGACAGUUGUAUUUUUUCUUUUUUUACCAAUAAAUUUUGAGCAUCCUUUUUUAACGCCUCUUGAGUUUCAUAUCACGUGUGGCCUUUAUUGGCCUUAUUAAAAUCAUUACAAAAAGCUGUUUUUCACACACAAUACUUUAUUAGGCAUUAUAUAAACAUAUUAUUUAACCCAAACAUGAAGCAUAUACUUUACACCCUGACAAGUUUUUUUUUUUUUGCUGAAGGCCAAUAUCAAACCAGAAGGCACAAAUACAAUAUAGUAGUGGCCUGUGGUAUAAAAUGCUGAUAUGGGAAACAAAAAAACUUCUGGCCUUGACUGAUGUGGUACUAAUGUGUUAGGAGGUGAACAGACGGCCGUGGCCAUGCCACCUAAUUCAGCCCGGCUGACUCGCACAGCCUUUCCUGUGGGGCUGAAAAGCAUUGCAGCCAGCCAGUCGAGCGCAAGUAACAGCUGUUUUGUUAGCUGUCUGAAAUCCUGGGGACCGGAACCGCAUAAGCUCCCUUCACUAUGCCGGCGGAUUGAGGGGAGAGUCCAGCCGAUUGUUUCAAUACAUUUUGUCAUUAAAAAUCAGAGGCAGAGCAAACAGGGUGGAGCAGGGUGUGGGCAGGCCCGUAAAGCGCUGCAUUGUUGAGGUGUCAGGACCAUUCAGCUUAUCCAGCAACAGGAGGAGCAUGGGAGGGAUGUCAUUCUGCAAACUAAUGCUUCUGGUCUGAUUCACUCACUCAUUCGCUCACUCACUUACUCUUCGGAUGUACACUUUCGGUACGAGCUUGACCAUCGUCCACUGAGCCAGAAUCACACACACAAACACAUAUCUAUAGCUAAACAGAAAAUCAAAGUAUUCACUAAAUCUCUAAGAAAAUCUAGUAAAACUGAAAUAGAGCUUGUUUGGAGUGGAGAGAAGCGGCUUAAGGUGUAAAACAGCAACUCAAUGUUGCCAGUUUAAGGGUGGUUAAUGAUCUACGAUGCAUGCCGUUAGCACUCGUGCCUUAUUCAUCUAUAGUACUGUGCAACAGGAUAGAAACAGAAGAUUAAGUAUAAGAUGAGGGAGAAUAAGAUGACAUUAACUAUACAUACGUUAUGAGUGUAAAACUCAUUAUGGCAAGAAGUAUUGUAAAAGCAAGCAGAGAUGUAGCUCGUACUGUAUACUGAGCAUUGUUUUUAAAUCACAAAACAUGCAUAGCUUCUGUUAUUGUUAGUUUUAGUAUUGCCCUUUUUCACUUAGCUGUCCUUAGAAUAAAUUAAUAAUGUUAUACCUGUUUAGAUAAA